GUGUUUACUAGUGUAUUGUUAGCGUGUAUGUGGCGUUAAAAAUUUCAGCGAUUUGCGUCGUCGAGUUCGUGCGUGAGUGCGUGCGUUUUACACGAUUUCAUCGAACGCGUGCAUUACCAUUAGCCAGUAAAGCGGCUAAAAGCUUUUAUUCAUUCAUUGUACAGUGAUCCCGCGCACAGCAGCUGCUUGGCACACGUGUGUACUCACGAUAAACAAAGCUUGGCUGGUGACAACUGGUAAUUCCAUUUAGCCAAAUGCGUCGGCAGAAAUUCCAAUUUGCCUGCAAAGCCAACGACGGUAUUUUUGCCGCCACGAAUUUGUUCGAUUUGUUGUAGGUAACAAAAGAUCGCGUUUAGCCCCGGCAAGUGUUACGCUACGCUGCGUACAUUGGCGCAUAGAAUCCAAUCCAUUGAACUCAAAAGAGUUUUCGCGUUUGACUUUUCUUGAUUUUUUUUUUUCGAUUUCGGAGUAUGCUGCACAAGUGUAAGUGCGAAUGUGUGCAUGUGUAGGUGUAUUUGCGCGCGCACCGCUGAAAAAGUUUAUCUGCGCUGAGUUUACGGUAUUUUUGGACAUAAUUGCACCGGAUACGGACACAAGCUUACAGCGAGGCGACAAAAGCGCAUAUCUAAUAUCGGGCGCGAAGUACCUCAACGCCUAAACAGUGAAUACGAAAAGUGAGAUUUCUAUCGGAAAUGCGCCAAUAGUAAACGCAUCAAGAAAAACAAGAAGAAAUGUAAAAAAUUCCAAGACAAAAAUUACAAAUUUCAAAUACAAAAUAAAAGCGAAUAUUUGCAGUUCGUGCAGUGACAAAGUAGCCCACAAAAAGCUGAGAAAUAUGCAAAUUUAAUAAAUAGCAGCAUAAGCCAAGAAGCGGAAAAUACAAAAAAAGUGCAUGAAAAGAAAAGUGUGCGAAAAUUCUGAAAAAAUGCGGUUGAACAGGUGCGAACGUGCAAGCAGUGCUGGAGAAAAGAAAGUACCCUAAAAUAAUAUUUGAUUCAGAAAACUGCUAACUACAGUGCAGAAAAAAGCAAAUCAGUGUGAUUGAGCAGCUAACAGUAACAGUGGAAAUUAAACAGAAGUUUAACCGAAAAUUUGUGAGUGGACUUUUUGCGGUGAAAGAAAUGCGAAAAUACAUGGAAAAUUAAGUGAGGCGUCGAAUGCUGAAUUAAUGCUUGUUUUAUGCUUCUGAAGACAAAAAUCAAUCAAUAAACAAUUAAUGCAUAACAAGGCAAAUAAACGGCAGUUUUCGGUGGAAAAGCAAAUAAAUUAAAUGAAGCAUUAAAUACAUAAACAAAGGGAAAGAAACAAAAAAGGCAAAAAAACGAAAUGAACGAAAAUGAAAAUAACUGCAGUACUUAAAUAUCGAAUUGUGAAAAAAAGUGAAUAAAAAUCGAUAAUAAAUAUUUUAUUGUGUGAUAGCGCCAAUUGAAAGCACCACAAGAAACACUCGUCGGCAGAAAAACGAAUUGCAAAUCCGCACAACAACAACAUAAUACAUACAUUAAUUUUUCACCGCCCUCGUUGUUCAUAAAAAACCUUCAAGAUUAUUCUCGAAAUGGAUAUGACUUCAACAGCGGAAGCUGCCGCCCGCAGCUGGUAUGAUAAUCCGCGUUUGGGCAGCUCUCCGCAAGCGAAUGGCCUGGGCGGCGCCGGCUUGGGACAUCACGCCCUCACAGCGGCUGGCACCACAGCGAUGGGCGGCGGCGCUGGCCUAGGCGGCGGCGGUGGUGGCGGCGGUGGCGGUCUUGGCGGCUUGGACAGCACCGAUAUGAGCGCCUUCUAUGCGCUGGAGAGCAAUGGCCAUCACAGACGCUACUAUCCGAGCUAUCAUCAGCACACAUCCCGUAUGCCAUCGUCCCAUACAUCACCGCAAGUGUGUCGGCCGCACUUUCAUCCGCCCCUCGGUUCGUGGCUUACCAGCGAGCAUAAAUCAUUCGCGCCCGCCAGCCCAUGGGGCAGUCCGUUUGCAUGCCCUCAAGAUCCGCAAGUGGACCAUAAAGUCGGCCAAAUUGGCCAAAGCCAUCAGACGACGGCGGGCCAACAUUCGUUUCCGUUCCCACCGACACCGCCAAAGGAUUCCACACCCGACUCAGUACAAACCGGUCCCUCAGAGUAUCAGGCCGUUGUGAACGCGUUCAUGCAUCAGGCGCAAUCGACUGGCACUACCUCAAUAGCGGACGCGAGUUGCGCGUUGGACAUCAAGCCUGCCAUACAGAACGGCGUUGGCGGCCUGACGCACAAUGGCAGCCAACAGUCGUCGUCGGCACCAAAGCAGCGUGAAGGUACCAACAACAAUAACAGUAAUAAUAAUAAUAACACAAAUAAUAACAACAACAACACAGCGAACAGCAGUAGUUCGCAUAAUAAUAACAACAACAGCAAUAACAACAAUUCCGCCUCAUCUGCAAAUAGCGGUAGUCACAACGUGCAUACGCACACCUCCAGCGCCAAUACCGUCUCCGCCCUUAACGGUUCGAGCCUCUUCGAUGGCACCGCACAAGCGCACUACGCCAACAGUCUGGGCAAUAGCAGUAGUAGCAGUGGCGGUCUCGGUGUCGGUGUCGGUCUCGGCGGCAAUGGCCUCACAGCCAAUACAUCGCUCGGCAGUGCGGGUGGUAGUGCGAGCGCAAUGGGUGGCUAUGAUGGCAGUUAUGCGUCGUAUGCGGCGCAUCACCACCUGGCCAACACUUCGGCGGCGGUAGCACAUCAUCAGGCAGCUGCUGCAGCGGCGGCGGGUAUGUUUCAAAGUUCCUCAAUGGCAGCGGCGGCUGCAGCGCGGCAUAGCAUGUCGGGCGGUCAUCAUUCGCACCAUCACAUGAUGGGUGGUGCGUCGACGGGUGCGGGCCUUGGUGCGGCGUCGGGUCUGGGGCAAGGCCAUGGUGGUAUAGGUGGUGGUAGCGGCGGCGGCGGCGGCGGUGGCGCUGGCCUAGGUGGUCUGAGCGGUGGCAGUAUGGGUGGCAAUAUGUCGGGUAAUCAUAUCCAUGGGCAUGGUCAUAGUCACAGUCACACGCACGGGCAUGCGCACAGUCAUAGUCAGGAUGUGAAGCCGGCGCGAACGAAACCAAGGACCAGUGCUGAGGGUCGCGAAUGCGUCAACUGCGGUGCUACAUCGACGCCACUGUGGCGACGCGAUGGCACCGGCCACUAUUUGUGCAAUGCCUGUGGACUGUAUUAUAAAAUGAACGGCCAAAAUCGUCCACUAAUCAAACCAAAGCGAAGACUGACACUGCAGUCACUGCAAAGUGCCGCGAAGCGAGCGGGGACAUCGUGUGCGAAUUGCAAAACCACAACGACAACCCUUUGGCGGCGGAACGCCAGCGGUGAGCCAGUGUGUAAUGCUUGCGGGCUCUACUACAAGUUGCAUAAUGUCAAUCGUCCGCUCACUAUGAAGAAGGAGGGCAUUCAAACGCGAAAUCGCAAACUAUCCUCCAAGUCGAAGAAGAAGAAGGGACUGGGUGGUGCUUGUUUACCCAUUGGCAGUCAUUUGGGUAUGGGAGAUUUCAAGCCACUCGAUCCCUCAAAGGGCUUCGGCGGCGGUUUUCCAGCAUCGAUGGCCCAACAUGGCCAUCUUUCCAGUGGUUUACAUCCCGCACAUGCGCACAUGCACGGCGGCUGGUACACCGGCGGCAUGGGCGCCUUGGGUGCUUCUAGUGGCCUGCAGAGUGGCUUCUCGACGGCGGGUUCGCUGGGUGGCGGUGUGGUGCCACAUUCGCAGCCAUAUCAUCUCGGUUUGGGUUCGAUGGGCACUUGGCGUACUGAUUAUACGUGAUGGAGCGGGAACAAUUUGAAUAAUAAUUUAUUCAAUUGAAAGUAAACAAGGCGAAGACUUCGCAAAAACCAAAACUAAGCAAUAAACACGCAAGCAAAGCGUUUAAUGCAAGCAAACAAACAAUAAGAGAAGAAUACCAGUGAACCAAAAAUGUCAAUAAGAAAAAGAAAUGAAGUACAUGAAAGACAAAAUGCAAGACCUAAAAUAACGACAUAAAAACCGUAACUGAACGCCUACGCCUACCAUAAAAUUUGCAUUAAACAAAUACUACGAAAACUGUUCACACACAACAUAGAAUUUAGUGCAACUACAACUACAACAAUUUGCCUGGAAAAUCAACUACCACAAUAAUAGCAACAAAAUGUAGGCAGAGCACAUUACACAGCAAACAAAAAUGUAACAACAACAGCAGGCAAAUAACAAUUUUUUUUUUUUGCAAUAUUCCGCUAUUCAUCACAACUCCUCUCUUCGGCUCUCAGCAGCAUCGUAAAGCGGUAUGGUACUGGUAAGUAAUGCUGGGAUUAUCCCGUCGUCGCCAAUGUUAAUGAAUGCAGCCCAAAAAUGAAGUUCAAGUGGCAUGCAUCAUCAUUAGUGCAUAACAUCAAACAUACAAACAAAAGAACCCCCAAAGGAGCGCACAAAGUGCAUACCAAAAUAGACAAAUACCAACUACCAGAACCUGUCUACUGCCAGGAUUUACUCAAUCGUGCGUGGAAUUGUGACGAUGCACGUUCGGUUAACCAAGAAACCGAAAGAAAUCAAGAAAAUAACGAAGAAAUAGCAAAUAGAAACUCAAAUUCGGCUCAGCAACUAACCAACCAACCGCUGUACGUCACGCUGCACUUACAUUAAUCUACACUCAGGCAACAACAGUUAAGCCUAGUUAAUGACUCUCAACUUCAUUGUCUCGUACAUUACCUUUUCGAGUGUUUUGCAUUCAACGAACGAUUAUACGAACGGCUAAGCCACUGAGCGCCUGAGCUACUGUUUAAACCACAGCGCUGCGGCUUAGCCAAAGGAUUAAGUGAAGCGGGGAAGCAGCAUAGAUAUGCAUGGUGCGAGGCGGCGUUUGUGAGUCACUGGCAAGUGCUGCUUGGCGCCAGCUGAGUGAGCGCUAGGCACAAAAGGCUGCUCUUGAAUUUAACAGAUUUAUUUAGGAGUAUUUGUGUGCAUGCAGAGUUGUAGGGGAAAUAUGGAAAUAUCUGCAUAGGUGACUGUGUGUAUGUAAGUUAGCGCUGGGUUGAAAAGUGACUGCCAAGAAUUGUUGUAAGUUAUUUUUGCAGUAAGAUUUACAGUGAAAUGUUAAUUUUUGAUCAACUUUUUUCUCACUUAUUUUACAAUAUUAUAUUUGUAUAUGUGCAUAUGUACUCGUAUGUAUAAUAUAUAUUGUUCAGAAACGAAAUGUCAAAUUUCCAGCAAGAAAUAGUGGCAUAGUAUGGGAAUUUUUUUUAGCUAUUUUGGAUUGCGUGCAAUUCUUAUUUAUUUGUGUAGCUACUUUUUUUUAUUGCUCAUAAUAAUUUUACUGCUCCGGAAAUAUUAUUCAA